CGCAAGAGGUGCGCAGAUGCCAAGGAUACUUGUAGAACUGAUGCUGCUGCUGCUGACAAUGGUGCCGCGAGCGGCGGGAUCGACACCUGAAGUGGGCACUGGCCUUUACGAGGUGCGCCACCUGGUGGCGCAACCCGACUUCCGCGAAGUGCGCCUGCGCUGGGAGACUGACGGCGGAGCUCCUGAGUCGCUCGGCUUCCUCGUCCACUACUGCGAGCUGCAGCCGUGGGGCGCGCACCGGUGUAAGGUCAAGGCGGUGGACGGCGGCGGCGGCCGGGAGGCGGUGCAGGGCGGCCCCGGGGGCGGCCGCGUGCGGCUCUUCUCCUCGGUGGUGACCGGCCUCCGCAUGGACACCAACUACACGUUCGAGGUGCGGCCCGCCGCUCCGCAGGGGGCCGCCGCCAAGGCGCGCGGACAGACCAUCGCCGUCGCCACCAGGGGCUUCUCGGCGCGCGCGACGCUGUGCCUGCCCGAGGCGAGCGAGGUGGAGGUGGUGACGGGCCCGCACUUCGGCGGCCGCGUCGCGGCAGAGGGCGCCGCCGGGUCGCGGUGCUCGCUGGACGGCGACGCCCGCAGCGCGCGCGCCGUCUACGUGCUGCGCGUGGACCACGCGGCGUGCGGCGGCGCGCGCAACGCCACCGCCGUCACCACCUACGUCACCGUGCAGGAGAGCGCCGCCAUACUGACGCACUCGACGCGCCGCUUCCUCGUCAUCUGCUCCUUCCAGCCGGACACGCUCACCGUCAGGGCCGGGAUACGGCUGCCAGUCCGAGAUAACGAGGUGGACAACGAGGUGGAGGCGUCUGGAGCCGCUGGAGACGGCGGGGCAGACGAGGGCGCCGAGGUGGCCCGCGUGCGCUCCGCCAUCUUGCCGUACGCUGACGCAGACGUCGACGCCGCGCUGCAGGCGGCAGACGUCGCGCUGGACGCGGGGAGCGGCGUGCGAGCCGCGAGGCUGCUGCACCACCGGCACGUCGUUGACGACCUGGACAUCGACGCCAGGGCUUCUGGACACACCAACUGGCAGCUGACUCUGAUGCUGGUGCUCACCUCGGCUGGGCUUGUGGGCUGCGCUCUGUCAGCCUGGUGGUUCUCCCCGUCCAACUGCCGCCGUCCACCUGAACUGGCUGACGACGGUUCAUCGCUGUCAGCGUACGAGAACUUGACCAACUCUCUGCGAGACACGGCGUCUGUGAGCAGCGCCUCCACCGGCUCUGGCGGGCGCUGCGCGGCCUCGGAAUGCGACGCGGACGGCGUCAUCACCAUCCGGCUGGGUGCCGACCCAGACCAGCCGCACGCCGACGCCACCUCCAUUGCUUCCGCUGGCUGCCACUGUGUCCACGGCGGCGCCACUGCCGCGGCCGCUUCCGCACCGCCUCGCGAGCCCUGUAUUACUCUGGAGGACGCUUCCCAGUCCGAAGCCUGAUGCAAUCCGCUGCAGCAGACAUGUAUUUCCCAACGGGGAACCACCUUCCGCACUGAGUAUUGGAGUAGGGGCAAAAUAAUUCCGGCUAAUCGCAGCGAAAACCCUAAACGAACCAAAUCAAAAUAAACUGCACCAUCACAUUUUAUCUGUUCGGUGACACUUUACGAGGAGCAAAUGCAAGGAUCUCUACCUAAACAAAAUGUCCAGCGCCAGACACUCAAGCCUUCCGGCCAACCACGAUAUUUUUCUUUUUGCCUCCUGACUACAACCUUGGGGCCACGAGUGUAACCAGAACGCAAGACACAAUUCUUUACGAUUCUGUCUUCACAUGCACUUACUGCACCAGAUAUUCCAGAUUUCUGGUGUACCAUAAAAUUAACUGUUUCGAAACCAGUGCAAGAAACGGUCACAAACUGCAGUACGUUACAAGUAAAACUCCAUUUGCAGGCAGCACGUCAGUUUUUUUUAUUUUAUUUAUUCACUCGCACGCAUUUCGCCCUUUCUUAACAAGGCAUUCCUAGUGUGUGUGCCCUGGAAUAUUAUGUUGCCUUUUCGUUGUCACAUAUCGGUUAUAGGUUGAAAAACACUUAACGAAAGGUUUUAUAUAGUAAACUGAAAAGGUAUUGACAGUAAAGCGUCUGAUUUCUUAACUGAAAACCAUACAGCUUUCCAUCUUGUGAAAAAACAUUUGAAAGCCUCUACGUUUUCGUGAAAUCCCUGUGGUUUCCUAAUACAACAUUUUAACUGUCAUUUUCGGUGUCCAGCGUCUCAUUUGCUUUUAUGCAAGCUGCCAGCUUUCUCUUUUCUGAGUGUAUGCGUGUUGAUCUAAGUUGGAAACAUCUAACUCUUACAAGGAAGUCGCAUUGUAUACAUCGAAAAUGUCUGUUGAAGUCUCAUAUUACGAAACCAUAGUGACUACACGAAAAAAUGGAGGCUUUCAACCGUUUUACACAUGAAGGACAGAUGCACGGUUCCCAAAUAAGAAAUUAGUCGCUUUACCGUAAGUGUCCUUCCAUUUUACCAUAUAAACCUUCCAUUAACCGUUUUUUUUUAAAUCUAUGACCAAAAUGGAACAACAGAAACAUCAUGUAAUAUUGCAGGACACCCACUAAAGACGCCUUGUUA